AAAACAAAGAAAUUUAAAAUUACUUUGUAGUACGGAGUACUAAAUAAUCUGUAAGUCUCUAAUUUGGAUUGAGUGAUGUUCAUCGUUCAUGGCAGUUACAGUGUUAGCUUGUCAUCUCCCCAGUAUCGUCAUCAAUUCAUCAGAUUCCCCUAAUGGAAGGAAAUGCAAAUACACUGGUCAAUCUGUGAGAGCGAUUCCGAUGAGGAUUUUAACAGUGGGGAAGAAGCGGGAUCGUGGGGUUCAGCUCAUUGUUGAUGAAUAUAAAGAUAAACUCCAACAUUAUUGUAGCAUUGAUGAUGUCUUAAUUCGCUCUAAUCCUAAAAAUGCGCGGGAUGUCAAGGCUCAGAUUGAAGAAGAAGACUGUGCUGUUGUAAACCUCAUCAAGUCAAAUGAUUGGGUGGUGAUUUUGGAUGAGCAUGGACUUGAUGUUAGCUCAGAGCGGCUUGCUGAGCUUAUAGGAGAUGCAGGGUUGACGGGAGCUUCAAAAAUGAUAUUUUGCAUAGGUGGGCCAUAUGGUCAUGGAAGACAGUUACGUCAACGUGCUAAUCUAUCAAUAAAGCUAUCGUCAUUGGUAUUGAAUCAUCAAAUUGCUUUAGUUGUGCUAAUGGAGCAAUUAUACAGAGCAUGGACUAUUCUCAAAGGUCAGAAUUAUCAUCACUAGGAAUCUGCCAUUUUACCUGAAUCAUUGUGCAGAAUCUGAUAUCUAGUAACUUCUGAACUUGGUCUUUCACUCAACCGAUAUAUGCUGAUAAAUUCAGACCUGGGGCAUGAGUUCAUAUACAAGGCACAAAAACACUUGUUAAGAUAGAUUCAGCGGUUAAAAGAAAUUGCAAGUCUGCAAGUGAAUUUGAUUCCAAGGAUAUUUUCGGUUCCAGGAAAAGUGAUACUAACAGCAUAAUCUCAUUGUGGAAGUGGAGUGGAUUUUGAUGAAGGAUUAAGGGCCUUUUCUGGAUGCCUUUACUUGAGGACUGAUUUACUACUUGUUUAGAGAAUUUAUGUCUUGGGUAUAUUGACACUGAUUUUAAUUUUUAAAUCGCACUGGGUGCUGGGAGAAGGAUGACGAAUGAGAAUUGUUCGAUUUUUCUGCUCCUUCAGAAAGAUGAGGAAAUUUGAUUAUCGUCAUUUUUCUUCUUUUUCCCCCUAGACUAGAUGAGGUGAAAUGUAAGCGGAUAGCAUGCCUUUUAUCAUGAAUAUUGAUAAAAUUUCUUCAUAAAGCUACAUGUAAACUCCUUACCUUUUUUUUAAGUGUUUAAAGAGCCACAAGAGCGAGU